AUGUCACCAACGAAGUCACCAACGUUUGUCGGCCUAAAGGGCCAAAGCCUCAUCUAUGCUGUAACAUUCACAUGCUCAAUCGGAUUCCUCCUAUUCGGUUAUGAUCUAGGCUUCAUGGGUGGUCUGACAACUUCGCCCACAUUUCUAGAAGUCUUUGGCGACCCCGAAGCCUCAUUACUAGCAUUUCUAGUCUCGUCUUAUGAAGUGGGCGCGUUGCUGGGUGCUUUUUUCCAAUUCGUCAUGGGUGAUCGAUUCGGGCGGAGACCAAACAAUAUGGCCGGCGCAGUGAUAGUCUCAAUUGGAGCGAUUCUCCAAGCCUCAACAUUUAGCUUGGAGCAAUUUCUCAUCGGUCGCAUAGUCGCUGGCUUCGGUCUUGGGAUAAUGACAACUGUGAUUCCCAUCUGGCUAUCCGAAUGCAGCAUGCCUGAAUCUCGAGGCCGCAUGAUGGCAAUGCAGUUGUCUAAUUUGAUUGUCGGGCUUAUCCUAGCUAACUGGCUAGACUAUGGUAUGGAUACUUAUCCAGGCUCCAUACAAUGGCGAUUUCCGUGCGCCUUUCAAAUCAUUUUCUGCUGCAUUACCCUCGCCUGUAUGCCGUUCCUACCCGAGUCGCCACGUUAUCUCUGUGCCAGAGGAGAAAUCUCGCAAGCGAGAAUAUCUCUAGCUGCUCUUCGAGCCAGGUUCCCCGAUGAUCCCGUUGUUGUGGAGGAGUUGAAGGAAAUCCAAUUUGCGCUCUCGGUUGAGGCAGAGGAACAGGGCUCGUGGAGCGAUGUGUUCAAGGAUAACGGGAUUAGCGGAUUCUCACGAAUGGCGAUUGGAUUUGCGGCCAACUUCUUUCAACAAAUGUCAGGGUGUAAUGUCAUGUCUUCGCUUGGGCCAUAUGUCUUCGAAGACUCAAUCGGAAUGUCUCGCCAUAAUGCGAUGCUUGUUUCGGGCGGGCUGCAGGUGUGGUACUUUCUAAGCAGUCUUUUCCCCUGGUAUGCUAUUGAGAAAUUUGGACGACGACCCCUUUUCAUGAUUGGAUCUGCUGGCAUGGGUGUUUGCAUGACCCUUUCUGCUAUUUUUGUCGGGAUCGGAGGACAAAAUCUUGGAUACGGUGCGGCUGUUGUACUAUAUCUUUUCCAGAGCUUUUUCACUCUCGGAUGGCAGUCCAAUAUGUGGAUUUAUCCCAGUGAAAUCCUCCCUCUCAGACUGAGACUACGCGGUGGAGCCCUCGCAGUCGUUUCUCAGUGGAUGUUUACAUUCUUGGUUGUUGAGAUCACGCCUGUUAUGAUCACCAACAUUGGAUACAAGUGCUAUGUUGUGUUUGCAAUCAUCAACUUUGCGACAAUUCCACUCGUCUACUUUACAUUUCCCGAGACUAGCAAAAUGCCACUGGAGGCAAUUGAUUUGUUCUUUGCCGAUCGUGACGGAAAGCGACCAUCUCUCUGGAGAGUGGUUAAGGACUCUCUAGACAAGGAAUUCGUUGCCGGAGUUGAGAGACAGCUGCAGGAGAGAGCGACGAUACGAGCAGAAAAAAAUGAUGAAACGUGUACAUCCGAGCACAAAACAGGGCACCUUGAAUUGGAAAACGCUUGA